AUGGCCGAGCCUCUCAUCCGAGUAGCUGGUCGUGAGAUGACUGUUGAUUCCACCGAUAUCGACAGAAUGAAUCCAACUCAUCUUGAUCGAGUAGGCGAUGUAGCAGCGCUUUGUUAUCUGAAUGAGACGAGUGCUGUACACCUACUGCGGCAGCGAUUUGGAUGCAACCUGUCGUACACGAAUGCUGGCCUUAUUAGUCUUGUUUGCCUCACGUCAGUUGAAGAAGGUGCAGUUGGUCAAGAUCGUCUUGUUUCGCUAUUCAAAGGAUGUCGUCGUGGACAAAUGCCCGCCCAUAUUUAUGCUACUGCGCAACAGGUAUAUAGGAAUCUCCAAAUGACGGGUCAUAAUCAAUGCAUUGUGCUGACGGGCAAUAGUGGUAGCGGCAAGACCACACAACUUCGCAACUUUGUACAUUAUCUUCGCUGA